GUUGGAAGAAGUGAGAGUGAAAGAGCCUCGCGAAUCCGCUGUUGAAGAAAGAAUCGACGGUGAAAGAAAGACGGUGAUACGGUGCGUCACGCGUGUUUUUGGGUUUCGGCGGUUUCUAGACCGUCUUACAUGUGCCAGGAUUUCUAUUUGCUACGAAUACCGCGCGAAGAGGCGAUAUGAAGAUUUGCUUUUGGAUAUACAUCACCAUCAUCUUCAGUUCGCAAUGCUGCCAAGCUUCACCACCGCCUUCGAGGAACCCCAUACGGGCACCACUGGAGAUCAUCUCGUUAGACGACGUCACUCCAGAGGAAAGACGGCAAAUUGCGCUGUUCGAAAAAAAGAUUGAGAGAAAAAAAAGAUCAGGUGUGGGAGCUGUCGGCUCGACAGCGUUCCUGGUCAAGAUAGCCAGUACCAUCGGCAAAGGUCUGGGUACCAAAGUAGGCCAGGUGGCCUUAGCUUCAGCUACAGCGGGAGCCGCGGCUGUGGGAGCGUUCAGUAGUGCUAGUAGUCAGACUAAGGGGAGCAGCAAGCCUAAGUAUUACCACCACCAUCAUCCGCCUACGCACCACCAUGUUGAGGAUUGCCAUUAUGAUCACGUACCAGAGAGCUACGAACACCCACAUCCGCACCCCUCUUUCGACUGGUGGUCUGUAAAGAAGUCCCUCCUGAACACGAUCCUGCAGGUCGUGAAGGCCAUCAAAGGUAGCGGAAUAGCCAUAGCUGGACAGCUGGUGAAGGGUGGCGGCAAACUGGUCAGUGCUAGCGGGAAUCUGGUCAGCUACAAGGGAGAUACAAUCACGAAGCUGGGAAAAAACAUUGCUUCGUCGGCUGUGCUGGUGCCGUUCGGGUCCAAGCCUGCACCGUCAGGACAUGGAGGUGGUAUGGAUGGAGAAGCUGCUCUUGAAAAAUGGUAUUUACUGUACAUUUGGAAACUUGAAAUUCUCGAGCUACAUUCCUAA